AUGGCCUCCAAGGUGGUAUCAAGGGCUGCCGGUGGUGUAGUAGAGAUUGCCCAUAAACAAACCGUGCAAUCGACCGGCUUGUGGGAGACGCUGCGACGGGCCCUCGCCAUCGACCCCGAGCGCUCUAAUGGCAUACCCCUAAACCCUUACUUCCGUAACCCAACUCCCGGCGCCGCAGACCCGCUCUCCUACAACGAUCCCGUCACGCUCCCGGCCGCCGACAUUGCCGGUAACCCUUACUGGAAGCGCGAUAGCCGACGCAACUAUCCCCGCCUCAGCGUCGUUACCCAGUCGGACGCGGUUGCCCUCCUCACCGUCGGCAGCGAGGCCGCGCCCAAGAGCGAGCUGAUUGGCGAGGCGGGCCAGCAAGCCCUCGUCGCCGCCAAGGAGGACGGCCAGACCAAGGGCCUCGCGGCGUUCCUAGAGGAGAAGACGGCCAAGGCUGUCGCCGCCGAUGUUCUCGUAAAUGGCCUUCCGCCUUUGCCUAGCGGACAGAGCUUGGCUUCGGGCAGCUGGGAUGUGCACAAGUAUAAGCUGACGCCUGAAAAGACCGCCUACAACGAUCUCUAUCGUCCUUUUGUUCCUCUUGGGUCAAAAGGAGUUCAUGAAAUCAUCUAUGCUACUAACUAA